AUGACUGUCUGGGAAUCAAUACUCGGGAUUACGGGCUUCAAAAAGUCGUACAACUUUAUCCUUUUCUUCAUCUUUGCCGGAGGCCUGUUUGGCUUCACCCUCGCACGCCUGCAAUACCUCGACAUCACCGGACGUUAUGCCAGCGGCACCGCUCCUGGUGAAUGGUUCCACCAACACACUGGCUUCAGAAAGGUCGGCAUCACCCUUCAUCUAGGCACCAUCCUUCCCUGUGCAAUCCUCUUGAUCUUCCAAUUCAUCCCCUCAAUCCGACACCGAGCGACCCUCUUUCACCGCAUCAACGGAUAUAUCAUCAUCACUCUAUUCCUCAUCUCCAACGCUGGCGCCUUGAUGAUCGCCCGCCACGCUUUCGGCGGCGGGCACGAUGUGCAACUAGCCAUCGGCCUACUCGUGCUCAUCAGCACCGCCAGCGUCGGCAUGGCCUACUACAACAUCCGCUGUCUGCAGAUCGAACAGCACCGCGCCUGGAUGCUGCGCGCCAUGUUCUAUAUGGGAAGCAUCGUGACCAUCCGCCCUUUGCAGGAAAUCACCUCCAGAAUCAUCAACAAGCUGGGCACGUACUACGCCGUCUGGUCGUGCGAGAAGAUCGAUUUCACUUGGAAGUUCUACAAGAUCCCGGUCUCCUAUCUAGUGGCGUACCCCAUGUGUGCACCGCCGUCCAAUGGCUCAUCGCUGCCGCCUGGCUACGAUCCGGUCGCUACCGUCAAGGCGGAUGAUAACGGCGUUGAGCCCGCGCAGAUCGGUGCAAAUCUUACCAUGUCCUUCGGGCUUGCGCUGUGGCUUGCAAUGUUUAUGCAUAUCGUGGGUGUGGAGAUAUACCUGCAACUGACGCCACGGGAGAGCCAGCGACUGCGAAUGGUGAGCUACGAGCGGCAGAAGGAGGCGGGGUAUGCGAACCCUGGAAGCGCUGGGCUUGUUGUGCAGAAGUUUGGGGAUGCGGAGCCCUGGGCUCCUUCAGUUGAAGCUGGGAAAUGA